CUCUCUCUCUCUCUCCCCUCGCCAUCCCGGAGAAACCUGGACUGACCGACCCAUCGGACUGAGCUGUGAGCGUGUUAACGGAGCUUUAUGGUUUUACUUCUUCUGUGUGAUGAAAGCUUGGAGGGGAAAAACUGCGAAAUAUAAGAAACCAAACCAAACCGGGGAGAGGGAGCGCAGACAGAAAACCAAGACGGUGCACAGCAACGCGGAGAGAGAGAGAGAGAGAGAGAGAGACGACAACUUCCAGCGGUUGUGUGUCCUCGGGGCGGUCUGCGGGGAGCUCCGGAGCUGCAGCUGUCAUUAGAAAGGUGGGUGUGAACUCGCUCCCCUCACUCAAACAUGGAGUUCCCAGACGACUUCCUGCUGGCCGAGCUGGGUCACCUGCAGUUCUACAACGACUCGCUCUUCCAGAACAACUUCACCGACGCCAGCAAUGAGACGGAGGCCUUAUUGCCGACGGGGGUGAAGGUCACCAUCGUGGUCGUCUACAUGAUUGUCUGCGUCAUCGGCCUGGUGGGAAACUUCCUGGUCAUGUAUGUCAUCAUAAGAUACACCAAGAUGAAAACAGCCACCAACAUCUACAUCUUCAACCUGGCGCUGGCUGACUCUUUGUUUCUGGCUACUUUACCCUUCCAGGGCACCGACGUGUUCCUGGGAUUCUGGCCAUUUGGGAACGCUCUGUGCAAGGCGGUGGUGUCUAUCGACUACUACAACAUGUUCACCAGCACCUUCACCCUGACGGUGAUGAGUAUGGACAGGUAUGUGGCCGUCUGCCACCCUGUCAAAGCUCUGGACAUGAGGACUCCGCACAAGGCCAAGGUGGUGAACAUUUGCGUGUGGGUGCUGGCCUCAGCCUUUGGGGUUCCUGCAAUGGUCCUGGGAAAUCUGGAGGAGGAACAAGAGCAUAACAGUGUUGAAUGCAUCGUUGUUUUGCCUGAACCAAGGAGUCACUGGGAUCCUGUGUUUGGCACCUGCGUCUUCCUCUUCUCUUUCCUCAUCCCUGUGGCUAUCAUCAGCAUCUGCUACAGCCUCAUGGUUAAACGCCUGCGCAGCGUUCGAAUCUUGUCCGGCUCCAAGGAAAAAGACCGCAACCUGCGGCGCAUCACGAGAAUGGUCCUGGUUGUGGUGGCGGCCUUCGUCGUCUGUUGGACCCCCAUACAGAUCAUGGUCCUUGCUCAGUCGCUGGGCUUCAACCUGAGCAGCCUGUUCACACUGGUCCUGAUGCACUUCUGCAUCGCGCUGGGCUACGUCAACAGCAGCCUGAAUCCCGUGCUCUACGCCUUCCUCGACGAGAACUUCAAGCGCUGCUUCCGAGAGUUCUGCCACCCGUCGCCGUUUCGCCUCGACACCCAGCAGUCGGGUCGGAUGAGGAGCAUUGCCAGGGAGGUGGCGGCAGCUUACAGUUGCAAGGCCGGAGACGGUGGGGGACAUGGGGGAGGGACACCCAAUCCGGCAUGACUAGGCGUGGAGCUCCCCCUGGUUGGGGUAGACCCCAAUCAGAGGAGAGAGAACCAGGCGACGGGGAACUCCAACACAGAAUUGACUCAGAUUACAGCUCUCUAGCGGCACGAGCCCCCCCACCCCCCAACUAGAAGACUGGCCUGGGGUGGGGGGGAGGGAGAUGAAGAGGAUGGGGAUGAAAGGAAAAGAAUUUAGAUUAGACCCAUGAGACCUACACCGUGGUGGCAUUGGUUGAUUUUGAUAGGAGAUGGUGCCAAAUGUGAAAGUAUCAUUGCUGACUAGAUCGUGUAUUUUGGGAAGAAAGGCAGUAUCAUAUUUUUAAUGAAGCUUGAGACUUUAAGAAACCUGAGUGAAGGACUUGCAAGGAUUCAACUCUAUUCAAGUGGAUAUUAACACAUAGGCGUUGGCAGCAUUAUUGGACUUUUAUUGUAGCCCCAAAAACAAGAGCCUCAGACUCUGUAUUUGCCGACUGAGCCUGUCACCCAGCUGCUGCAUGAAAGAUGACAUUAUACUUGGGAAUAAUACAGCAGGAGUUUGGGUUUCAAAUUUGGAAAGAGUAUAGAAGGGGCAAAGGGUUUAUAGAUGGGGCUGCAGAUACCAAAAUCUUUGCAAACACCAUGAACUGUUUGGUGUAAGUAAAGAAAAAAUAACAACUUUGGAUGCAGGGAUCGGACUGAUCUCGCAGUGGAGACUAAGGACUGAAUAUUUGCCAAGGACGAGGAAAACCUUCUGGAAAUGUGAAAAUGAGGAACACACUUUGUCAAGUUUAUCCGCUCUUUAUCAGCUGAUGUUUCAGACUGAUAUAAUUAGUGUCACAAGCGGAGAAAAAAAUGGAACACAAAGCGCCCCAACUGAUAUCAGUCGGGUUUUUUUUUAAUUGUGACAAAAAAAAUGGGUCUGUAGGGGUAUUUUGCUGCAGAGCCCCUAUCGGGACAUCGUAGACAGGAAGUUGGAUGUAAUAUUUGUGUACAAUAGCUAGCAUAGCGUAAAGAACAACGUGCGACAAACAAACUAUUUGACAAUAGUUCUGAAAUUGUGUCUAUGAGCCCAGUAUGGGUCACAUGAAUGUUAUUUUCUCGAUGUGUCCUGAAAGAACUAAGCCUGAGAAAUCCAGUUGUGGAACUUAUUUCUUAAAGCUUUUGUGAUUUUUGAAAACUUUCUAUAAUCACUGUUGGGUGUUAGAAAUGUAGGGGUGGGGGAAGGGGAAAAUCUGAUGAGAAUGUAACCUGGGAAAAAAAACAGAAAACAUUGAAAGGACAAGUCUAGCAGGAAUAUUCAUCUUUUCCCCCUUUUUGCUUUGUUUCAAAAUUAGACAGUAAUGACAAAAACUGCUGGUGGUGGGUCAAAUGUAAAAUUGUCAAAUUGCCUUUAUUCAAGGUUUAAUAUCAUAGGCUGUAUCUAAGAAGUAGACAUGUCUACUGAAAUUCCCCCAUUAGUUUGUUGGUUACCAAUUUAGAGCCUUACUUUUGGCUUUUUGGCUGCAAUUGUCCUGUUUUUAUUGAAGCCAGAUGUGGCCAUAUUUGGGGGCCCCAAAAGGGUUAACCCUUUCUGUGUACUUCAGUUGACAGGUCACCCUUCUCAAUUACAGGUACAAUAGCAUGAGGUGAUAAAGAAAUGGUUCCUUUUGCAAAAAGAAGAGUUGCCCCCUUUCGUCGUUUUAAGACACUGAUGCAAUGGCUCCAAAAUGAACACCAAGGGGUUAUGUCUACUUCCUUUUAUUACAGUCUGUUAGAAACCUGUUGUACGUUUGCAGCAGGACUAAAUUUGCCCCAAAAACAGAAUAUUUUGAACAUUAAAUAUUUGUUUUAAGCACAUUGUCAUGAAAUGAUUCCUGUUCAGAUUUGUAAAAACAUUCCUUAUCUUUAGAAACGUGCAGACCAGAUGUAAUGGACAAAGCAUCUUUGAUUAUAUCACUGAACUUGAUUGAUUGACGAUGAUGUGUUUUGUAAAGUUAAUAGAAGAAAUCCAUUUAUACAUUGCACAUUACACCUCAGAGUUUGCCUUAUAUGUAUUUGUAAACCUUGUAGUAUUGCACCAAUUUAUUAAUUGUAUCACCAGUGACUUUUUGAAGCAAGUCCCAGUUUCACUUUGUGGCUAAUUUAGGCUCAAUUUACAGAAUAUGACCAACUGUGGAAUGGACAGAUAUAAUACAACAAUGACAACAUGAUGUAAAAAGCUUGGCUGGCAGUACAUUAACAUCUGAAUUAGACCUGCACCGAUUGGGAGAAUCAGGGCUGAUACCAAUGUUUGAAAUAACAAUUUAGACAACUGCCAAUUCUGACAAUUUUUGUUUCAGGACUUUUUUUGGUGCAACACUCCCACAAUGCCACCGUUUAUUCUCUUGUUUGACAAUGAAACAAGUCAGUUUGUUCAACAGCAUCGGCUAAAGACAUUGGUUCAUGCCACAUAAUUUGCAGAUGUGCUGAUAUCUGUCAAGAGGUCCAAUAUCAGCCGAUACCGAUGUUGAACUGAUGCACUGGUUCAUCCCUAAUUUGAACACAUUCUGUUGAAAUAAUACAAACUUGCUUGCAGACUAUGGAUCAAAUACAAUUAUACAUGCCAUGGAAAGAUUGGGAGUGCAGAUAAAAGCAUGGCUGAGAAAAUGUAUUCACAGAUGUUUUUUGAAAUUGACACGUCUUGGUCUGCUGUUUCCUCCCAGGUCUGUAGUUGCUGUCAGGUUUUGAGGAAUAGGAGGUGAAACUGAUCAGGUUCUGGGAUGAUGUUGGGUUUGUUGGUUAUCUCUGGGUCUGAGAUAUUUUUGUGAUCAGGGUUUUUACAUUGGGCGGGGUCGGGUGGGGAUGUUAUCCGUGAGUCAUUUUGACUCCCAGCACCACAGUGGCAAAGCAGGAGGAAGGGGUCACAGUGGUCUGACCCCUCUUCAAGGGACAAAGGGGCUCUCUCUCUCUCUCUCUCUUCUUAGUGUCUUUAAGUGGAAAACAACCCUGAAACAGAAAACACAUUUCAUUCUCAAUUUCUGGAAAUUACGCUGACACAAAAAACCACUGCGUUUCAACUUUUGGACAUUUUAUUUGACAUUAUGUUGACAUUUGAACUGACAAAAGACGAACAUCAUUACACCAGAAAUGAUGGAAUAAUGCAAAAAAGCUUUACAAAGUAUGUUUGCAAGAAAAAAAAUUAAAUUGAAUGUCACGUUUGAUAAUCGUAUGACACUAACACUUAUAAUUUGGAACUGCUCGCUGUAGUUGACGGUUAAAGCGACCAGGCUUUGAGAAUGAAUGGUGGGUUCUGUUUUAGGGCUGCUGUCUCCUUUCAUUUAGUUUGUGUCUCGUCCUGAAUUUAUGAUCAGUUAAAUCGGUUAAGAUGUCUUUGUUUGAUAUGUUUUUGGCGUUUGGAUUUAGCAUUCGACACCAGUCGCUGUCAUGAAGUAUUGUGUAUGUAGUCAGUUAUUUUCUUUAAGUUAUACGAGUACACAUUAAUGUCUGUGCUGCAUCUACUCUUAGCAGCACGUGUGAAUCUUUAGUUUUUAUCUUACGUUUGUCAUCUAUAGUUUGAGAGGAAAAAUUCUAUGAACUUACAUUGCCUUAAAUAUAAAGUAAAGUCUGUUACUGAAGCUCGCUCUCUGGCUGGAUACGAUGUGUUCUAGUUCUUAUUGGUGCUUCGCUGUUAGUUUAAAAUAUAAAAUACCUGCAUUAAUAAAGCCUCUGAGGACAGGAUCAUCUUAUAAUAAGGGCUUGUUGGCAUUUAAAUAAAGUGCAAAUCAAUCUUCCUUCAUUUCCCUUCAAGUUUGUAGAAUAAAAGUUGAGGCUAUCACCCCGAGUCUUACCUCUGUCUAUAAGUUACCCACACCUGAAUACAUGUAAGUUUGUCAUCAUGGAUUAAAAAAGCCCAAAAAGGUGUAUAGAUGAAGCAUGAAUUAUUGCCAGAAAAAAUUAUUAGGGCUGUCAAACAACUAAAGUUUUAAACAUAUUUUUCAUUCUGUUAUUAUUUUGUGUUUCAAAAAAGUUGUUUUAUGCUUUUAUUUUGUAAUUUUGGACCAGCCUAAGCUAAGUGUGUGUGUCUAAAGGGACUAAAUAUUAACGAUUAAUGUUCUUUCGAAAAGAAUGAAUGCUUUAAAAAAGAAUGAAUGCAUUUAUUUUGUGGUGUCGCGAUUAAUGGGUCAACGCUGACAGUCCUGAUUAAAAUGCUAUGAAGAACAAAACACUGCAUUGAGUUCUGAUAUAGAAAAUAUUGGACUCUGCUCCCCUCAAAAUAUGUAUUCUUCUGUCAAGACUCAAAAAUUUGCAUCGCUCCCAAACUGUCCAACAGUGACUGCAAACUCUAAAAUUAAUACAAUAUGCCUUUAAUUAUCCUUAUCGGAUCUUUGAAAUCUCAAGAGUGAAAUUAAUUAAAUUGUCAGCGAUGGCGUUGAGAAGGCUAUUCAUUUUAGAUUCAGGGAGGGGAUAACGUCCUAUUAGUAUGCAGUCUGGCAAUAUGAGGCACCUAUGCCCUAAAGUCUACAACAUUUCUUCAAUCUAGCUCUAAAAAGAUUAUUUUAGCAUGAUUGGACUGCAACAUUUUGCCAUACCUCUUGCACCUUCAUGAUGAGUUCUGUCUGUCCUUGGAAGUUUUAUGAAUUCAGGUCCAUUUUUUUGUACAACCUAGCAGACUGUGUGUAGGAAAAAGUGGCUGGAGCAUCAAGGACACUGGCUUCGACAUGUUUCACCUUUUAUGAAGACGUGCUAUAACGCAGCUGUGAGGCUCUUUGUGCUUAACUGUCACUGUUAAUUACUGAAGACUCAAUGAUAUUUUGAAUUACUGUUUGAUGUUUUUUGUAGCAAAAACUACACAAAAAGGACUCCCAAGAGGGCGACAUAUCUGUUGAACAAAGCAGAAUGAGCAUACGUAUACUGUCUGUUAGCUCUGUAUAACAUUCUGUUUGAAUAUUACUCUUAUGUAAAGGUAUAAAACAUGAUUCAUUUAAUGUCUGACCUCUUUCUCUCUUGUUACUCUUGAUGUAAAAUAAAAAAAGUUUCUCGCUAACGUUAUGGUAUGUAUUGUUACCUCCAUGCGAUCAAACGCCGGGAGGCUCCUUUCAUUCGUUUACAUUUUACAGACCACAUGAAUGUCCAAUGAAAAACCUGUUGAAAAUCCAAAUGUAAGAAGAAAAAGCAUAUAAUGUUGAUGUUGUUGUAAUGACUAUUAUUGCUAUCAAAAGAGAAGAACAGUGUCGCAUCAGUAUUUUUUUAAGCUGUGCGGGAGACUGUCCAGUAUGUAUCUAUGUAAUACUUGUGGACUGCAUUUUGUUCACUGCCUGAGUCAUGAAAUCAAACAGUUCUCACAAAAUCAAACAGUUCUCAUGACAUCAGUUCACAUUAACAGUUCUUAGGGUUCUAAAUAGUUAAGAAUUUGGACCACAAAUCUUUUCCCCAUUUUGUUUUGUGAUUUCCAAACCAAUCUGUGUAGAAAUGACCAAUUAACAAACUAUUUUUUACUCUAAGUAUCUCACCUUGAUGAUAGGGAAUGGGUCAGACUAUCCGCCUAAUGCUAAGUUUAACCUAUAAUUGUAUAUAAUGGAAUCAGUUUCGAUAUGAAUCGUGAUAUACUAUCUCUUACAUGUACUAUUCCUUGUAGGCUUUGAACACUGGUUGUGAUUGGUUGUGAUCAGAAGGAACUGUUUGUAUCACAUGACUCUGGCUGUGGCUACAUAAACAUACUUGUUCCUGUUCUGCAGAUUGCAGGCUGAACUACCAUGCUAGCUGGCUUGUUGUCAAUGCAUAGAGAAUUUUUUGCUGAAGCUUGAAUUUUAAAUUGUAUAUUUUUCUCUGCUUAUGAAAAGAACAAAUAAAUGAUGGCCAUGUA